UUGAGAGCAUUGGUAAGGAGGCGGGAAAUGGCGUCUGGAGGAGCAGCGCGAGAGCGGGUGGAUGGUUCCUGAACACAGCGCACCGCCAACGGCUACAAUCAUCAGCAACAGCAGCAGGCCGUGCUCGCGCCGCCGCCGCUACCACCAUAAGCUGGGCGAACGCGCGCGUACCUCGGCAACCGGGCACUGCAGCACUUAGCGGUCUCUACCUUUUGUUAGUUUUACAUGCAACAGAUGGGACAAUGAGGCUGAGAAUGCGCAAGGCUUCUCAGCAGAUGAGCCCCACCCACAUGCCCCGUCCAUCCCGGACCAAGCGGAGAUGUUCGGAGGUGGAGGAGUGCUCGCCGGUGGGCAGGGGGAGGGCAGACAAGAGCAACGUGCAGCUUUUCUCCAGCAUAAAGAAGUUGAUCAGAGGAAGUGCUGUUGAGGGGGAGCAGGAGAACCCAGCAAAGAGAAGACGCCUCAACUGCACGGUAGGCAAGAGUCUGAUCACAUCGACAAUGAAGACAGACAUGCCCAGCACAACUGUGCCCAGGGCCCGCAGGAGGAGUCCCGCCAAUGGCCACACUAGGAACCAUGACACAGGCAAACCUGUGAAGCCCAAUGGAAAGCUGGAGGAGCCUGCAGAAGCUGUGAGCAGCCCACCCCGUACCACACUGCUGGGGACAUUCUUCUCCCCAGUCUUCAACUACUUCUCACCAGCAAAUAAGAAUGGGACAUCAGGCUCAGACUCCCCGGGGCAGGCGGUAGAAGCAGAGGAAAUUGUUAAGCAACUUGACAUGGAGCAAGUGGAGGAGACCCCCAUCAGCACCGCCACCUCUACUGAGGGAAUGUGCAUCCCCUUCUACCCCAAUGCCCCACCUGUGCCCCUGCGCCCAGCUCUUCCCACAGACAGCACCACCGAGGAAGGGGAGAUCCUCACAGACUCUGACCUGCCUCCUCUCACAGCCCCUGGAUUGGCCCCAAACAGUGGCUACGUUGAGGUCCCCCCCACCGUACCUACAGAGGGAACGUAUGAAGAAGACUGGGAGGUUUUUGAUCCGUACUUUUUCAUUAAACAUGUGCCCCCUCUUACGGAGGAACAGCUCACCCGCAAGCCAGCGCUUCCGCUCAAGACGCGAAGCACACCUGAAUUCUCCCUCGUCCUUGACCUGGUCGUACGACACAUGGGGAAAAGGAGCUUGACAUGGGCAGCCAAAGGAGGCCAGAGUAGAGAGACCAGGAGGGAAGACAUGGGAAAGGAUGAAACAUUGGUGCAUUGUAGCUUGAAUGAGCUGGAGGACGCAGCCCUUACCUUUCCUGUUCUCUUUCAAGAUGUCAUAUACCAGGUGUAUGUGCGGUUGAGGCCUUUCUUCAGAGAGUUUCUCGAGCGCAUGUCUCAGAUUUACGAGAUUAUCCUCUUCACUGCCUCCAAGAAAGUUUAUGCAGACAAACUGCUUAACAUCCUUGACCCCAAGAAGCAGCUGGUCAGGCACAGGCUAUUUCGAGAACAUUGUGUCUGUGUACAAGGAAACUACAUAAAGGAUUUAAAUAUUCUCGGGAGAGAUCUUUCCAAGACCAUAAUAAUUGAUAAUUCACCACAAGCCUUUGCUUAUCAGCUUUCCAACGGGAUUCCCAUUGAGAGCUGGUUCAUGGACAAGAAUGAUAAUGAGCUCCUGAAGCUGGUUCCUUUCUUAGAAAAACUGGUUGAACUGAAUGAGGACGUACGGCCCCACGUACGCGAACGAUUCCGCCUGCAUGAUCUGCUCCCUCCAGACUGAAGUUUUCCUAAGGCUGUCCUGUGCAGUAGACUGAGGAAACCAAGACCGAACAACUCCACACAGGCAGACUUCAGCAACUCCUUGGAUUACAACGUAAAAUGUUGCCAUUAUUGUUAAUUUGUUUUUUUUAAUGUACAAACCUCAUUGCUUUUAAAAUGAUUAUUGCAAAAAGACAGAUUAAACUUUUGGAAAGUGACAUUUAUGACAAAAUCUAUAAAUACACAUUCAUUACUAGUAUACAUAUGUACAAACCUAUUUUACAUAUAUAUUUGAGCACACCUAUUUAAAGUAUAGGCAAGAACAUGGAGGAUCAUCCACAACUGACCUGCUUGUUCCUCAGAGGGGUGUCCUGUCUUGGCCUGACAAGUGGCUGCCAGAGGGGCUGGGUGAAGCAGUCCCUAAACGUGUUUGUUCCAGAACAGAAGCGGAUGGCAUAUGCUGUUUGCUACCCUGUGUGGCGCUCUUGACACUUGUCAUAUCAGCUGGAUUGGCCAGUAAAAAAAAAAAAAAAAACUUGUGUGCGUGCCUGUUUUUUUU